AUGGGUCAACUCGCCUACGAUCUACAAGAACCUCGUACCCCAACAAACACCACACAAAGUCCUCGACACACAAAUCCGUAUUCCCACUAUUACCACCGGGCAACGACAUCUCCUCAAGUCGACGCAGCCCUCCGCCUCUUUUCCUGCUUUACACCUCGGGAAACCAAACUCUUUUUUGACCUCAUGCUUGCCCGGAUGAGCAUACCUGCCAAAGAAGCCCUGACACAGGUGGUCUGGACUAGCCUCAGUCCGGUCGAGAAAGAGUGGUUUGAAUUGCCUAGACGGGGGAGACGGGAUGGUACCGAGGGGGAAGGUGGGGUCUGGAGUGAGGAGGAGAUUUUAUGUGGAUUUGCGGGGGCGGCAUUACCUGCUAGUCUACGAGGCGGCCCUGUUACGACGAGCUCAGGGACGAUGCAAAGUAGUGAAAGGCGGAGUGGGACCUUGCGCUUAGAAUUCGGAACGUUAAACAGUAAUCGUCCGACUGGGACGUCUGUGGCUACAUCCACACAAGCGGUGAUACCUUCAUCGCCACACUCAAUCGUUCCUCGGUUCCUUUCAAGUUCUCGAUGGCUGAACACUAAUAGCACAGGAAGCGACGAAGAGUUGCAGGACGAGGACGAGGGUGCAGGGAAUACAUUGAUUGCGGCUGGACGGGAAAUGUCCGCCCGGAUGGCUGCGAGGGAGAUUGAGGAUUCCAUUUUUGGGGCGAUCAUUCAGGCGGUUAGAGGUUCUGAAAGGCCAUUGAGUCCAAACUCUGGAGCGACACCGGGAACAAGACCAGUGUGGGAAGUGGAUUAA